CUAAUCGUUCCAAAUCUUAUACAUAUAUGAGCAUAAUGCAAGAUAUUCUCACGGAGGACAGGACAGCAGGGGGCGGGCUUUUGCAUGUCCCUUCCGCCCAAUCGCCAGCUGGACCACUGAGAUGCUUUGUCACGCCCCCCGAGAACCCGGAAAAUUAUAUACCCCCUGAGCAGGGCACAGAUUUCAGGGUCCCCUCAAAUUACAUCUGCCGUAUACUUGACUGUGUCGGCGACGGCGGCAAAAAAGUUGCAAAAGACUGAUCACAUCUACUACAAGCAAGAAAUGCAUUAGUGGUGGUGUUUGGCCGGUAAAUGUGUUACGGAUAUAUAUACUCAGACGUCUUAACAGCGCGUAUGUGACACGCAUCCAUAUAUUUAGAAAUCUAAACAGCACGAAGCGGCCCCAUUCGGGAUCCAACGAUUCGCAAUUAUGGAGGAGGUCAAAGUCGAGGCCAAACGACAUUUGCUGCGUGGUACAGUCACUCUUGAAGAGGCAUUUACUAGAGAAGACGACAUGAGAGCGGCCCUGCAAUACCCUAAGAAACUUGGGGGAUUCUAUGUCCAGAUGAUAGAGCGACGCGACGAGAUUCAAAGGCUGGUAGCUUCGCAUUGCGGGUUAAAAAGCGCGGAAUUGGGAAGGAUAACUGUGAGAGAAGAUCGCGCUGCUGACGGUACCCCCGUAUGGCGACAUGGCAGUUUCAAUGUUUGCGUCCGAGUGUCUUUUGUCGAUGAGCAAACCCGCCGGGACAUGGCUUUCCGAGUACCCUUACCGUUCAAGAUUGGCGAAUAUUUUGAGCCAGGCAAUGCUGAAGAAAAAGUACGCUCGGAGGCCGCGACCUAUAUAUGGAUCAAGGAAAACUGUCCAGAUGUUCCUAUUCCGACGCUCCGAGGCUUCGGCGUGCCUGGAGGCCUUAGUUUCUUCCAUCCUCAUUCUCUUCCUCUCUGGCCUCGAUUGCGAGCCUCUGUCUGGCGCUUCUUUUGCCGGUUGCGCGGAAUUUCGGGCUUUUGUGAAUACAUUCCAAAGCGCAGGACGACUUUUACGGAUCACGGAUAUCUCAUUACAGAUUGGAUUGAGGGCGACGAUGUACGGAUGCUCUCGGACACUUUUUUUGAACCCCACACCCCAGAACAGACCCGAAAUCUCUACCGCGACAUGUCUCGUGUCAUGCUGUCACUGAGCAAAAUUCCUCAACCUCGAAUCGGUUCAUGGACCCUGAAUGACCAAGGCCAAAUCAGCUUGUCCAGUCGCCCGGGCCUGUUGCACUUGUACGAGAUGGAUAAUCUUGCCAUUCCGACCAAUAUCGAACGAAGCACAACCUACUCGAAUGCGGAUAGCUUCUAUCUGGACUUGCUAUCAGGCCAUGACAACCGCCUUUUAUAUCAGCCAAAUGCAAUCUUUGACGAAGAGGAUGCCCAGGGCCAGGCGACCGAUCUGCUCCUGAUGAGAGCUUUCCUCCAUCAGUUCACCGAUCGUGCUCAACGUCAUGGCCCCUUUGUAAUGCAGUUGACAGAUUUGCAUGCCAGCAAUAUUUUUGUUGACGAACAGUGGAAUAUCAAGUUUAUCAUUGACCUGGAAUGGGCAUGCUCUCUUCCUGUUUCUUUUCUGCUUCCACCUGCUUGGCUCACCGGCGAAUUUCCAAGCGAUCUCCACGGCCCAGAGUUUGAGGCAUUCGAAACUGCUUACACUGAAUUUGUCCAUAUAUUCCGAGAGGAGGAGAAGGCCAGCACUCGGUCAAACUACAAUGGCUUGGUUUAUUCGCGCGCAAGCGUGAUGGAAGGUGCUCUCAAAACUGGUCAAUAUUCUUACCAUCGUGCAUUACGAACACCAUCUGGAUUAUUUAACAUUGUUCGAUUCCAGAUGAAGCCCUUCUUUGAUAAAGUUCCAUCAGAUCAACUUCGCUCUUCUGUUUCGACGUUCUGGAGGCCCAGAAUGAAUCAUUGGGUUGCAGAAAAAUUGGAAGAUCUGAAAAACUAUAGACAACAAGUUUCUGAGAUUUUUCAUUCAAACUUGAGUUUCAUUCAAACUUGA